UUCAACUGAAGGACAAAGAACUUUUCAGUUUCAGUAGGUAUAGGGCACUAAGCAUAUAAAUAUACAACAUAAAAAGGAUUGUGGUUAACAUGUAAAAGAAUUAUGAGAGUUUAGCAUACAGAAAUCAUGAAAGGUUAAUAUUUACUAGUAGGAUUAUUUAAGUCAAAUCAACAGAGACUUCUGAGAAGUUAUAGUAAGGAGUAAAAGUGGAGUUUAGAUGAGGUGUAUCCUACAUUUUAGAGAAACUAUUUUUUAUUUUUAGUGUUCCUAUCGUGUGCUCUCUGUGAUUAUUAGAAUUAAUUCCAAAGAAGGCUGAAGUUCUAUUGAAUCUAGCCAACUCUUGUCUAGAUCUUCUGAAAUGUUGCACAAGAAGUUGAAGUAAAAAGUGUGGGGGCAUGUGACAGCUAAUCUCUUUAGCAAUAAGACUCUGAAAUGUAAGCAUCUUGUUGGAAAUGCACCUAGUUCUUUGCUGCUCUUUGUUUUGCUUAGAAGCUUUUCCUUGCACAAAUUGGGCAUGUAAACUCCUUUGCAUAGUCCAGUUAAAUCCUGUUGGUAGCUUGUCAGUGGAGGGUGGGGGGACGGGAGUUUUUUAAAAUUGUUCAGUGAGUCUGUUUCAUAAUGAAAGUAUUUGCCUGAAAGGAUCUGGGAGUGUUUUGUGUAUGUCCUCUUGAAGAACUGACAUGGAGGGAAUACCCCAGUUUCUUCAGUCUAAAAUGUUUUGGAAUGUUUCAACUAACUCCUCAGAAAGUAAAAAUGAAGCUCAGUCAGCCUUUUCACAGACUGAGCACAAUAUAGUCGCAGCUUACUUAAUAACAGCAGGGGUGAUAAGCCUUCUCAGUAACAUAAUUGUUUUAGGCAUCUUUGUUAAGUACAAGGAACUUCGGACAGCAACAAAUGCAAUUAUUAUUAACCUGGCUUUUACCGACAUCGGUGUUAGUGGCAUUGGUUAUCCUAUGUCUGCUGCUUCAGACCUACAUGGAAGCUGGAAAUUUGGCUACACUGGAUGCCAGAUCUAUGCUGCCUUAAAUAUCUUCUUUGGAAUGGCAAGUAUCGGGUUGCUUACAGUUGUUGCAAUUGAUCGUUACCUGACAAUCUGCAGGCCUGAUAUAGGAAGAAGAAUGACUACCUGUAACUAUACUUCCCUGAUCCUAGCUGCAUGGAUAAAUGCAGUCUUUUGGGCCUUGCUCCCUAUUGUAGGUUGGGCUAGCUAUGCCCCAGAUCCAACAGGAGCCACCUGCACAAUAAACUGGCGGAAAAAUGAUGCGUCCUUUGUUUCUUAUACAAUGACUGUAAUUGCUGUUAAUUUUGUCGUGCCCUUAACAGUCAUGUUUUACUGUUACUACAAUAUUUCCCGAACAAUGAAACAGUACACUACCAGUAACUGCCUGGAGAGCAUCAACAUAGACUGGUCUGAUCAAGUAGAUGUAACAAAGAUGUCUAUUGUGAUGAUUGUGAUGUUUUUGGUGGCUUGGUCUCCAUAUUCCAUUGUAUGCUUAUGGUCUUCCUUUGGAGACCCAAAGAAGAUUUCUCCUGCAAUGGCCAUCAUAGCACCUCUAUUUGCAAAAUCUUCCACAUUCUAUAACCCCUGUAUUUAUGUCAUUGCAAACAAAAAGUUCCGGAGAGCAAUCCUGGCAAUGGUUCGAUGUCAAACUCGGCAGGAGAUAACUAUUAAUAACGCCUUACCAAUGAGUGUCUCUCAAAGCACACUGACAUGACGAGGCUGCUUGAAAGCACUGCCACUUUAUUUACCCUAUCGUAUAUGUUUUGUACACUACAUGGAAAUAAGUGGUCAAACCUGGGCCACAAUUAAAUUUGUAUUACACUGUAAUAAUAAUCCACUCCAACAUGCCAGUUUGUUUCUCUUUGUCUCAAUAAUAUUUAAUACAGUUUUUUUUUUAAAAUGCCAAGAUUUUAGUACUGAAGACUAGGCCAAUUGGCAUAAUAUGCUUAUCCCUCUCAAAAGGCGAUCGUGAAUGCUCAGUGUGUUUUGUAACUCUUGGAUAGUGGGAUAAAAUGGUGUGGGAGAGAGGAAGGGAGAAUAAAGCAGGAUCUGCUUAAUUGUGCUACAGUAACAGAAAUAAAUUUUGUGUAUGCGUAAUUCUUUUGGUAUGUGUAAUUUCCCUCUUUGAACUCUAAACCAGUUCCCAAAACUUCUGGCACAGUACUACUGUAUCCUGCAUUCCCUUCCGUGUCUUAAAUGCACAGAUUGAUCUGACCUGAAAAGGUUGCUUCUGUGUGUACUGUAGUAUGCAGGCCUAUUUAACUCCAGUAUUGCCAACUCUCUUUAUUAUCAGUUUUGCGAUAUUUGGUGGUUUUCUGCC